AUGGACAACCAUUUGUCUGGAAAUAUUCCACAACAAUUGGAUUUUCUCCCAGAGUUGAUCGUUUCAGGUUUCAACAAUUUGACUGGUACAAUUCCCAACUCCUUGGGAAACAUAUUCUCUUUGGACCAGCUGGAUUUGGGAAACAAUCAAUUUCGUGAAAUAAGUUUCCUUGCCUUGAAUGUAAACCAUCUCACAGGACAAAAUCCUUCCUCGUCAAACUGCACAGUCCUGGAAGUAUUAGAUAUAAAUGACAAUAACAUAACUGGAGAAAUUACAGGUGAGUUGUUCUCUAAAACUACCAAUUUAAUGGAGUUAUAUCUAGCUAUAAAUCAAUUGACUGGUAGCCUUCCUGUCAGCCUCUUCACUUGUAGUCAGCUCGAACAAUUAGAAGUAUCCGGCAACCGGUUGAGUGGAACUGUGCCAACCGAAUUAGGAAAAUUGUACAGACUGAUAUGGCUUAAUUUGGGUUCUAAUCAGUUUACUAGCGGGAGCAAAUCAACCUUAAGCAUUCUUACUGCUCUUGCAAAUUGUUCUCUUCUGGAAGUUAUACUAUUAUCAGGUAAUCAUCCUACAGGAGUGAUAACCCUCUUCUGUGGGACAACUUUCUACAAAGUCAGAGAAUUGGGUUUGGAUAGAAACAAAAUAAUCGGAGAAAUCUCUCCACACGUUGGAAACCUAACUAAUUUAACUGAGCUAUAUUUAAACCUAAAUCUUCUGACAGGUGCAAUUCCCUCCAGCUUCAGAGUCUAG